AUGUUACUGAGAAAAUUAAUUUUCAAUAAAGGACCUAUAGGCAGCACUAUAUUUCAGAGAGGUAGGUCUUCUUGGGAUAUAGUAACAAGUGUGUGUGUUGAAAGACUACCAGUUGUAACGCCACCCUUGAAUGAUAUACAAAAGAGAUUUAAAGAAUUAUUGUGGACAGUGGAAGUUGAAAAGAGUCUCAAAUCAGAUCACGAGUUAAGACACGAAAAUGACAAGGUGCAGGCUGAGCUUCUGAAAAAUGAAUCAAUAGAAGUAGAUUUGGAUGCUGUAAGUAAAAUAACUGCCCAAGACUUUGAAGAUGCUUCACAAGAUGAAUUAUCAAAAUUUAAAUUUGCUGAUAUUGUAACCGAAGCCGAUAAAAAUGGUGAUAAAGGGACAUAUGAAAGAUGCUUACAACGACACUUGGUUUUGGUGACUGAUGUCAAAUUAGGUAAUAAGGUUUGGAAAUUAAUGCCUCAAGGUUUGUGGAAGGAGGGUGAAUCAUUGAGACAGACUGCUGAGAGAGUAAUAUCUGAACAAUGUGGACCAGAGUUGAAAGUAAAAUUCUUGUCAAAUGCUCCCUGUGGGUUCUACAAAUACAAAUAUCCAAAUGAAAUUGAUGGGAAAAUUGGUGCUAAAGUAUUCUUCUACUAUGCAAAUCACGAUAAUGGUGAAGUAAGCAAAAAAUUAAACCCCAAUUGGCUGACAAGAAAGGAAAUGGUUGAAGCAUUACCAGACAGAUACAACAAAUCCGUUCAAAGUUUCCUGAUAGAAGAACAUUUUUAA